AUGGCUUCAACCCACUAUUCUGUUCUAGGGGUGUCUCCCGCAGCAAGUCAAGACGAAAUAAAACGGCAGUUCAAAAAGCUCGCUGUUAAAUACCACCCAGAUAAGACUGAUGAUGCUAAACAUCACGAAAUGUUCCUACGAAUCAGAAAAGCUUACGAAAUCUUGAUUGAUGAUGUUAGCCGAAGAGACUACGAUGUACAGAAUGGCAUUUCAGUGGCAAAGGCUUCACUGUCGUCACAUACAGACUCCUAUAAUAAUAACUUUAGAUCCCAUCAUGGCUUUUCCUAUUACUCCCCUGGAACCUCAUAUGGGGGUGGCGCUACAUCAUACUACAGCUUUUUCCAGCAUAAUUAUCGUGCUUACACAGAUGCAGCCAAAAAUCAUUUUGAAAGCCAUGAAAGACCGAGUAGAAACGAUGACGACGAUGCUGCUACGGCAGCAGCCAAGCUAGCGCAAAAGAAGAUGAAAGAGGAUAUGGAGAGGAGACGGCAAGACCAGAUGUACGAAGCUCAAAGACAGAGACAGGAGCUCGAGAGGCGUCAAAGGGAGAGAAAGAUGCGAGAACAGAUGGAGCAGCAGCUACGAGAGCAAAGGGAGAGAGUUAGAGAGCAUCAACAGAGGACGCGAGACGAGGAAAGCUACAUUCGCAGCAAAGUGAAUGCUCAGCGGCGCCAAUGGGACAACUUUUAUGAGAUAAGUGAAAGUGACGAGGAGGUUUAUGAGGAUGGCCAACAAUUCUCACAGGGAGGAGCUGAAGAUGAACCCAUUGUGGUUGAAGAUGAAGCUGACUCGUCAGAUAACUUUGAAGACUGCCAUGCCUCGCCUCCUGACGGAAAUGGCCAUGGUGACAGUACUUUGAAUGGGAGUGAUACAAAGGUGAAAAGGGAGCAAGGCUUACACACCCCUCUGGCCGAACCAGAAGUAGUUGAAGUUCGGUCCAACGAUGGUGAAAGCAGCCGAAGCCAGGAUAAGGGAUUUUCAAAUGGACCAGCGAGCCCAAAAAGACCCUUGGCGGAAGACCAACACGGUGAAGAGUUCACAGCACAUAAAAAGCACGCAAGGAAUAUCGACAUGUCUGACUUGCGCCUGUCAUUGGGUACUUCAAUUGAUGAUACAAACUUCAAGGACAUGCUUGACUCUCUUCCGAGAUCUUUUGGGACCUCCACCAGUCAAUCUACGAACGGACCGCCAAGUCCUGGAAAAACCAGAAAGUCGAGCAACUCGGUUCAUAAGGUUCCUAACAAGCGCACGAAAUUUGGAACCUAUUCCAAUCCUGACGGAUUCAGUGAUGGUAGAGCCAGGGCCGAAACGCUUCAUACUCCUGUGAACAAAGCACCAAGUCGACGCAACAAUUCUAUUACAGUCACUGAUCUUUCACCCGAUUUUGAUGAAAGAAGACUCAUGUUCACUGCAGAGCCACCCACCGUCCACGUCACACCAGAUCUCACAACAGAACAGUGGCUUCGAUAUGCCUCAGGCAUCCACGAAUACGAGCGUGGGUUUGCUGCCUUCCGCAGUGCUGUCUUUGAACACCAGAAUCUCAGAUUCCAGAAGGACGAGAGGCAUCACGAUACGAUUUAUGACGAUACAUCCUGUUUGGAUGCAUUUCUGAACAGCUUAUUCAACGACAUGCUUAUUCUCCAGAACUACGGACGAGCUCUACAGGAAUUUCGGAGCGUGGUGAAGACGUUUCGAAAGAAUUGUGAGCUCAAACGCGAGAUCGAAACUCGAGAAAACACCCGUAUAUAG